AUGAAGGUCCAGAGCCUCCUCCUCCUGGUGGCCCUCCUAGCUUUGUGGAGCCAGCUGCCUACUGCUUCAGGCCGAAGGAAGGGAGAGAAAUCGGGGGGCUGCCCGCCAGACGAUGAGCCCUGCCUGCUCUCAGUGCCCGACCAGUGUGUAGAUGACAGCCAGUGUCCCUUCCACAUGAAGUGCUGCUAUCAUGCUUGCUUCCGCAAGUGCCUCCCCAGGGUCUCGGUGAAGCAGGGCAGCUGCCCCGAGAAUCACCUGCGCUGCUUGAGUGCAAUCCAGCACCUGUGCCACAAAGACUCUGACUGCAAGGGCCAAAAGCGCUGCUGCCCUGGGGCCUGCGGCCGGGACUGUCGAGACCCUGCCAGAGGCUAA